CACAUCGAUUGGCCACUAUCAAGUGUCCUGCUCAUCGAAAAGACAACUCCAUCACCACAAUGGGAAACAAUGCGGCAGACGAAGCUGCAAAGCACGCUUCAGGUUGCAAGGUCGCCGUCUUGGCCCCAGCUGUGGAGUUGGAACCAUCUGUCACACCUGAUGAUAUCACAUUAAUGCAAGCGCGUGCUAGCGCGAGUGAACAAAACAUGUGGGAAAAAAGGGGUGCUACAAAAGAUGGGCGAGGGUUAUGGCGGUCACAUACCGGCCUGAUCGUCGCUCCAAUCUCACUUUUGUCUCUUUUAAUUCCAGAGUGUCACAAACCAGACCACUGUGGGCGAGAUGAGGUGAUACAUCGAAUACAACAACAGGGUUAUUGGGCGCCGUACCUGCAGGCACUGGUGACGGAUGCGCUUAAUCGGUGCGAGAUAUGCUCGCAAAAUAACAUUCGAAAAGGUAUUGUCACCCCCACAGCGCGAAUUCCUGUCCCGGAAGGCCCGUUUCGUCAUCUGAUUUUAGAUUUUGUGGACAUGUUGGUCCCGGUACACGGUAAGCGCUACCUUUUGGUGGUUUUUGAUCAUUUCAGUCGUUGGGUGGAGGCCACUCCGUCAAAGGACAUGGGGGCGGGAACGGUUGUGAAGUUCCUGGUCCGUGAGGUAAUCCCUAGGUUUGGCUUACCAUCCAUCCUUUCAUCAGACUCGGGACCAGCGUUUAUUAACAAGGUCUAUGAGGGCGUUCUGCGCCAGCUCGGAAUCAAGGUCCGUCACGGAAGUAUCUACACUCCCUCCAGCCAAGGAGGGGUGGAACGAGUGAAUGGCACACUUAAAGCGAAAAUUAAUAAGAUUUGUGCAUGUACUGGGUUGCGGUGGCAUGACGCAUUACCGCUGGCCCUAAUGAGUUACCGCAUGCAAGCUCAUCGGGUCACACAUUUGUCUCCUCAUGAAAUGUUAACAGGUCGCCCUAUGCCGGGUCCGCAGUUUCGGGGUCCUUUCAAAGGACCCCCACUGGAGCAGUUGGAGAAGGAGCUGCACAGUUAUAUGAAACAGUUGUCUGCUAUCCAUAAAGCGAUUUAUUUUCAGGAAAAAGCGAACGAGCCAAAACCAGUCUCUGUGACAUCUGGUCCAGUGGUGCCCGGGGAUAAGGUGUACAUUAAGGAGUUUCGAAGAAAGUGGAACACUCCUAGACGCCGAGGUCCUUACACGGUGGUCCGUGCCACACCGACUGCGGUCCAGGUCGAAGGGAGCGUCGCUUGGCAUCAUCUGAACCAUUGUUCGUUGGCACCUACGACCAACAACUGCAAAACGGGCCCUGGGGACUGGUCGGACUGUACAGCGUUCUCAAAUAACCAGUCCCCCAAAAGGGGAAGUAUCGCCUCGCAUGCAUCUGACGAAGAUAGUCCUGUCAGGGCAGAUUCAGAGUUCCCGCCCGAUGAUGUUGAGGUUGACAUUCCUUUGGUUUCUUCUUCUGGGCGAGACAGGGAUCUCGGCAGGGACAAUUCAACCAAUCCGGACCCGAAGCAACAGUCACCACGUCGUCCCAUCACCAGGGCCUUCUCAAGGAAACAGAGGGGCAACUGCGCAACGAGGGAGCGACCUCAGUGACCAAGGGGAGUACGACUCACAUGCCAAAUGUCAUUAUCAGUCAGGUCUCUUGCCGGCAUGCACCCGCACACAUCUACAUACUACCCGUGACUCAGUAUUUCAGACAGAUGUUGCCCUUUUGGCACAACAUAGGCGGAAAGUAAGAUCAAUUAAGGAACUAGAUGUAGAGGGCCAUAACAUUCCAGUGAAUCCUGGGGUGGAUGAUAAAAGCGGUGCUCAGGGAGGUGAGGUUUUGGGGUCCAGGCUAGAACCUCUGGGCUCAGACUUAAGUGUUUAUGUUACCACAGCUGCAACUGCCAAGCAAUGGGGAGUUCACUUUGUAAAGGAGGGGCCCACUCCCCCUCUAGCUGUGGUUCCGGCCCUGGAGCCGGAUAAGGUUGGUCUUGAAGCAAUCAUUACUCCACGCCCACAGGCAGGAAUAGGUAACCAUCAGUCAGUACCAGGAGGACUGGGGUAUGAACACUUAGCACGUAUAACAUCCUUAAUGGUUGACCAGGUAUGGGCUGCUGCUUGGAACACACUGGAAGGUCUAUUGGAGAUUGGGAAGGUUGUAAGUUCUUACCAGACCACAGUUAACACCCCUGUUGUGAAUAAAGUUGCUUUUACACCUGAACCGCAGCCCACCGUGAUAAUUAAUGAA